AUGGAUAUUAUCGGAAUCAUCUGUGCUUAAUGGCACUGCAUGGCUGUUAAAAUUUGGAGAUCCUGCUGGCGUUAAAGGACAUUGAUGGCAGCUUCUGAUACUGGAUCUCCUGGAAUCCAAAGGGACCACUCCAAAGAUCUUCGGUGUUUUUGACCAAAAUGGAUAUCUUUUAGUUUGUUAUGUUCUUGAAGACCUACAGGAGAAAAUUGCUGUUUCUAUAAAAGAACUAAUACUCAGGAAAAGAUAAACAAUUCUCAUAGGCUUAGUAACCAUGGAAACUCUCAGGCAGCUACCAUCUUUGAAGCCUCCAGAGUCUUGGUCACGCUCCUCUACCCCUAGCGCCAGGCGCCGGCGCUUCAAACUGAAGAAAGGUCAAAGGUCGCCAGCGUCCGGAGGAGGAAGUGAAGUUGAGAGUUCAGGGAGAACAUUAAAGCCCCCGGCUAUUGAGGUGACUCCAUCCAGCGAAGAUGAGGCUUGGUCAAACUGCUCGACUCCCAGUGCUUCACCAAAGAGACGUCGGGGGCUUCUCAGGAAAUGGCUUAAGAGAAGAGACGGGAAAAGCAGCACCGGCAGUAUUACCCCCCGCAGCACCCCCAGUAACUCCCCUGCAGUGCGGAGGCGUCUGGCUAGCGGAGAGGUAGACAACAUGGUGGAAAAGUGUAUAGAGAAUAGUGCGGAGCGGCCACCGAACACUCACACUCCGACUUCACCGCCUCCUGGUGCGUUGCCUAUAAACCAGUGCAAUGCCCAACUUCCCACGCAAACCAACUCGCAGCCCGGGACACCCCUUCCGCCUCAAUUCAGCGGCCGAGGAUUUAUACGUAACAGCAAGAAGAUGCAGAGCUGGUACAGUAUGUUAAGCCCAACUUAUAAGCAACGGAACGAGGAUUUCCGCAAAAUCUUCAAGAAACUCCCAGAUUCCGAGCGCCUGAUUGUGGAUUAUUCCUGCGCGCUGCAGAAAGAUAUCUUACUUCAGGGAAGACUCUACUUAUCAGAAAACUGGAUCUGUUUCUAUAGCAACAUCUUCCGCUGGGAAACUACAAUUACCAUCCAGCUGAAAGAUAUCCGAUGUAUAAAGAAAGAAAAAACGGCAAAGCUUAUCCCCAACGCCAUCCAAGUGUGCACUGAAAAUGAGAAGCACUUUUUCACGUCUUUCGGGGCCAGAGACCGCUCGUUCCUGCUGAUUUUUCGCCUUUGGCAAAACGCCCUUCUAGACAAGACGCUGUCCCCCCGGGAGCUGUGGCAUAUUGUACAUCAAUGCUACGGGACGGAGCUUGGAUUGACCAGCGAGGAUGACGAUUAUGUGUCUCCCAGGGAACUACUGAACGGCUUGGGUGUGAGUGAGGAGUAUCCUGAGUGCACUGACUUGAGUGAUACAUCAUCCAGAGGAGAAACCAAACUCGGUACCAGCCCUCUACUACAAGCAACCGACUCGUUCACUUCUCUUGCCAGCAGCGACGGAAUGUUAACCAUGGCGGAAGACCCUACCGGGCAGUCUGAUGCGUUGUCAGACUCUCAGCUGGAUGGCUCCUCCAGUCAGACGGUGACUCCUCUCUCGGAGAUGGCCACCACAGGCUUGCUGGACUCGCUGCCAUCGCUGGACCUCCUGGGCAACGAGGAUCUACCCACCGACCCCAGUAACAGCUCAACGCCCAGCUCUACGCAGGAUGAAGAUGCUGGCAACUUCUGUAAAGAUGCCCUCUCUGCAGACCUUCCUGGUAGACUUCAUAUCAAUGCUGUGUAUCACAUCGGUGCGGAACGCUUGCAGCACGCGUUAACUUCUGAUACUCGCUUCAUGAGUGACUUCAUGGAGCUGCGAAAGUUCACAGAUGUCAUGGUGAACCCCUGGGUGAGGGACAGCAGCGGCAAGCAGACCCGUGUUAUUAAUUACACAAUACCCAUCAACAACCCGCUGGGACCAAAAUCAGCACCGGCAGUGGAAACCCAGACUGUGUACAACUUGAAGGGGUCCAUGUGUGUCAUGGACACCCAGGUUAUAACUCAGGGCAUCCCAUACCAGGAUUAUUUCUAUACAGCUCAUCGGUACUGCAUCUCCAGCGUGGGCAAGAACAAGGCUCGUCUCAGGGUGUCUUCAGAGAUCUGUUACAGGAAGCAGCCGUGGAGUCUGGUACGAGCCAUCAUCGAGAAGAACUCCUGGAGCGGAAUGGAGGAGCAUUUCAGCCAGCUUGCCGAGGCGGUGGUGAAGUUUGAGCAGGGCUGCAUGGAGGAGCUCGGAGGCAGAGAGAAACCAUCCCUACGGCGCAGGAAACGCACCUUAAGCUGGAAGAAUCACCACAACGACCCGCUCAGCUCCGUCCCCCCACCACUGGAGGCUGAGAGAGUGUCCCGGACCUCCCGAGCUUCAGGCAGUAUCUCAUCCCAGCUAUCCCACCUCUCCGACAGAGGGGCUACCCACAAUAUCCCCACCGCUCUAUUCAUCAUCAGUAUUGUCCUUCUGGUCCUUGUGGUUCUGAACAUGAUGCUUUUCUACCGUCUCUGGUCUUUGGAACACACGGCACGCACAUUCCAAACAUGGCAGAGCUACGCGGUAUCUCAAGGGAAAUUCCCCCAGACCUCUGCAGACUGGGCUGAGAUACUGGAACUCCAGAAGCGCUUUCACAGCGCCGAAGUCCAGAAAUGGAAGCAGACUCUUCGAGUGUCAGUACAGCUUCUGGAUGAGAUGAGGAUGUCUUUGCAAAGACUGCAGCAAGGAGUUCUGGUGAGCGAUCCCACCUCAGAGCCUCUGAAGGAAGAUGCCCUCUCAUAACAAAGACUGCCACAAAAGCCAAUCCAUCGGGACAUUCCUUAGAAGAAAAUGCAGACACACUCCAUGCGUAGACACCUCACAGUGUUUUGGGUCAGGAAGUGGACGCCCUCCUUGGUGAGAGCACUGCUGUCUGAGAACUCUCCAGUUUCAUAAGCUGGGAACUAACAUCCCACCGGGAUAUAUAUCCAUGGGAUACGUGUCCUAUUGAUACUCGAGUGCUGCUUACUGAAUGCUACAGACUUGGAGAGAAAGCUCCAAAGCGCAAGAGACCUCCCAAGAAGAUGUCGGAACAGGUAUCCCCCACGUACGUGGACUAGAGUGCCGGAAACAGAAACCCACCACAUGGGGGAUUCUAGCCUCACAGUUUCCUUAAAACUGGUCCUUUUUGGUAGCAAAGGAGUUGGUUGAGAUUUCAUUGAUU